AUGCUUUUCAUCUAUGUUGGAGCUUUUCCUCCAUAUAGUGAUAUCAACAUACAUAAACUCAUACGUCGGUUGAUUGCUGAGGGGUUUGUUGAAGUCAUAGGAAAACAAACUUUGGAAAAUUUUAUACUUGAUUGCUCUUUGGAGCUUGCUCGUGGAUAUCAUCUUCUUCUGGUAGAGUUAAAUCAACAAACUAUGUUUUCAAGGAAUGAGUUUCGCGUGCAUUCUUGCUGGCAGCACUUCUGUAAGAAAGAAGCAAGUAAGAUCAAGUUUUUGCAUGUUUUACAAAGUUGGGAUGAUGAUAUGAAAGACCAACGUCGGUUGUGUGCCCAUUCCAACAGUUUAUUUGCCUUCAAACAAGUAUACGAUUCAGUAAAUAUUGAUUGCGCAUCCAUUAUCCGUUCUCUUCUUUGUCUUGGUCCUUACCACCAAUACCCGAUGUCAAUUCAUGCCAUGGAUUUCAAGUUGAUGAGGGUACUAGAUGCUCUUACGGUCCGAUUUUACCAUAUCCCAGUUGAAAUUUUGAAACUAGUUUGUCUAAAGUACAUUUCCCUAACUUACAACAAAGAGCUUCCAGUUUCCAUAUCAAACCUUUUCCAACUUCAAUCCUUGAUUAUCAAACCAGAUAUAUGCAUUAAAAGGCGUGGAACUGUGUCAUAUAUGCCGGUGGGCAUAUGGAACAUGCAAGAACUACAACACAUUGAGGGAUAUGGAUUAAACCUACCUACCCCUAAUUCUAAUGCUACUCUGAACAAAGUCUCCACUCUUUUUGGCGUGAGCGCAAAGAGUUGUACUAGAGAAAUUCUCAAAAAAAUCCCUAAUUUAGAGAGAUUAUAUAUUCAGAUGGAGUGGAAGCCUUAUGAUGAUGAAGAUGAUAACAACUCACUGAGUAGCUUGGGUUAUAUCUCAGAGGAACUACAGAAUUUGGUUGUUCUUAAUUAUUCUGUAGAGAAUCCUCAUAUGGAGUAUGAGUCUACGAUUCCUCUUUCAAUGUUUCCAUCAAGUCUAACAGUUUUGUAUUUGAGUGGCUUUGGGUGUCCAUGGAAGCACAUAAAUGACAUUUGUUCAUUGCUACCCAAUCUUCUGAAGCUCGAGUUACAACACUAUGCCUUUCGAGGCCCAUUGUGGGAUAUUGAAUCAGAGUGUUUUUUGAAACUUAAGACACUUGUGAUUGGAGACACUGAUUUGGUGCAAUGGAGAGCUCAACAUGGAAGCCUUCCAAGUCUUAAGCUUUUAAGCAUACAACAUUGCUACAAAUUAAAACAACUAGAUUGGACGCGUGAUCCCCCAAUGGUCACAACGACUGCAAUUGAAUUGUUUGAGUGCAAUCCCUUAGCUGUCGCCUCUGCCAAGCAAUUAAGACCAAAAUUUUCUUUACAGUUCGUUGGCACUCUUCCUUUUGAGCUGUGA